UGUAGCAUUUCACUGAUUACAUAUUACUUUUUUGUAUUUGUACUACAUAAAUAAAAUACAAAUUAUUGACAAACAAAACACUGUCUAACAAUAGUCGAAACUGCAUUGUGACGAAACCUCCAUAAAUACAUUAUUUUAUAUGCCCAAUUUUUUCCUUCAUUAUAAAUUUGUUGAUCCACAUCUGAUUUAGCAUAUUAUACGUUUUAAUAAGAUACUGUUUUAUCGAGUUUUAAUAUUUUUGUCUGUUUUCGGUAUGACCACUCAAUCCUUGUGCAUGCAUGUAAAUAGGAAUAAACGAAAGAAAUCUUAUUUAAAUAAUAGAGAAAUGUACAAAGCAAGCUAUAAUAAAGAAUUGAAUCAUUUGUUUAUUAUCUGUUUAUUUUGUCAGCAGAUCUUGGUGGGUAGCAGAUACCAAGUGCAGUGGGGAAACGGCAGACAGGUAACCCAAGUAGUCGUUCUGGCGACGGGUUCACAAAAAGAAAUGAAAGCCCGGGAGACUGAAGAGGCACAGAAUCCCUCAGUGGCCGUGGCCGCUCCAGCCGCCCAGUUGACUAAACCACCGGUAAAACGACCCAGGGUUAAAAAAAACGAAAAAAGGGAAGGAGUUGGCGCGCAUGGUUGCUGUAGGCCAGGGACAGGUGGCAGCGCCGAUCGGUCCUGUGGGAGUGCCCGCCCCUGUUGCUGUUGCGCUGCCAGCGACGGUGUCCCCAAUUGUACCCGCUCCUACUACGCCGUCAGUGGAGGUUUCCGUCGCGGUUGCGCCAUCAUUACGGGUGACUGCGCCUGCCCCGAGUGUACCGGCUCCAACUACGCCGUGGAUGCAUUACAAACCCUCUACCACCAUGUGGUUUCGUCGGAACCGUCACCUCCACAAGAGACAGUGGUAGACUUGUCCACGCUAGGACUACCGGAGGAAGAGGUCCGGAGAAUUCACGAGGAGAGCAACAACGCGGGCCACUUUGCAUGCCUGCUUGUGAGGAAAGUGUUCCCCGAGCUCUUUGGGCCCGGAAAUCUUCGCUCCCUAUACAACUGGAACGGCAAUGGCCAAAAGAAGAAGUUGGCACUGAACGAAACCCGGCGGAAAGCUGUCAGCAGUGCAGUAUUGGGCUAUCACCCAGAAGUGCGGGGUCCAGGGCCAUUUCAGGAUUGGGUAAUUAUAAAGGUGAAUGAAAUGUUGCGGAGGAAUGAUAAGAGGCCGCUGGCGAGCAGACAGCUCAACAUCGACACGCCACUUUUGGAUGGGUACAUGACCUACAUGAACAGUGAUAACAUGUAA